AUGCAGGGGGUGGUGUACUAUGGCGAGCGCUUCGUCGAGGUUCCGGACGCGUCCGUCACGCUCAAAGACAUCUGCGCGUCGUUCGGCCUCUCCGGUGAUCUCUCGGGUGUAUGCAUUAAAAACCGCGUCACCGGGCGUGUGGUGGCAACACUGCCGUUCGAGAGCCUCCCCGCCACUGCCAGCCUGUGCGGUGAAGAAGACAACACAUACGACCUCUGUGAUCCCGCACAUCACGCCGACGGCAACGGCGACGAUGAAACAGAGCGUGCCCCCACGACAGAUGACAUGACGGAUAUCUUGAAGCAGCUCGUGCAGUUGGGUGCCACGUCGCUACUCACAAUGCAGAUGGACUCGCAGGCGUCACUCGACUCGUACGACCCGCGCACCUCACCGGGCUUCUUGAUGCGGACAAUCUACCCGCCCUCUAUUUACUCGCCGUAUAGGUACUGCGGUGACCCACUGCGAACAUCGUCUGCUACACACAACGUUGGUGCUCCUUAUGUCAGUGCGGUGGAGCCAUACAACGUUGAGGAGGCAACAGAAACGGCGUUGAGGCAGCGGCCAGACCUCAUCCGUCAGAGCGAAGAGGAGGCGCAGGACAUUCUGCAUGGCCUUGUGGUGGCCGCCACUCAGGCAAAGACGAUGAGAGCCAUGGCCGAUGUGGAGGAAGAGCGGCGAGCACCAUUGGAUGUGAAACCUAACCUUCAGUCCAUACAGUUGAACUGA